UUUUUACAGCAAUCUACUGUAGCCUACUUCGCAGUGUACAGACUCGUCCAACGAGUAGCCUGUCGUCUUGCUCUCUCCAGAACUCUGUGUGUGCACAUAAGUGGUUUAUGACUUGUCUUCAACCAUAUCGCAACGUGAAGCAUGAGUUUAGAAUGUGAAUGUUCUCAAAUGAUACUGAAAUCCUUUUCUUAGACCCACAAGUCCCCCCCUACAGUGCAGUGGUGGUUUCGUCCAUUGACAGCGGAGCAGAGCUGUGUGUGUGGUGUCAAGUCUCUCGCUCAGUGAUGAGGUUUCAAGUGCGCCUUUGAGAUGUUAUGGAGCCUGUAGAAUAUUCUGCAAUUUAUAGUUGUUUCGCUUCGCUUUUAUUGAAACGACACUCAAACUUUUAGACUACGUACCUUAUUUAGUAUUAUUUUUAUUUAUUUUUUGUAUAUACAAGCUUCGUUUUUUCAUGCAGCGAAAAUGCUGAAAGUUUUGUGAGGACACUCCUUCAGGACCCGACGGACCAAGGCUACAGCUGACAAACCCAGGGACGUAUCAGCUCUGUAAUUUUCAUAGAGGGAGCAGCAAGGGUCUGGGAAUCAUCUGUGCGAGUGUUUCGGCAUGGGUAAACAGAACAGCAAGUUGCGACCCGAGGUCCUCAAUGACCUUCGGGAGAACACUGAAUUCACGGACCACGAGCUGCAGGAGUGGUACCGUGGCUUCUUGAAGGACUGCCCAUCUGGCCACCUAACGGUAGAGGAAUUCAAGAAGAUCUAUGCCAAUUUCUUUCCCUACGGUGAUGCUUCGAAGUUCGCAGAGCACGUCUUCCGCACCUUCGACACCAACGGUGAUGCCACCAUUGACUUCCGGGAGUUCAUUAUCGCCCUGAGCGUGACCUCACGUGGAGGUCUGGAGCAGAAGCUCCGCUGGGCCUUCAGCAUGUAUGAUCUGGAUGGCAACGGAUACAUCAGCCGAGCUGAAAUGCUGGAGAUCGUACAGGCGAUUUAUAAAAUGGUGUCAUCUGUGAUGAAGAUGCCCGAGGAUGAGUCGACGCCAGAGAAACGCACAGAUAAGAUAUUUCGACAGAUGGAUACGGACAACGAUGGCAGACUCUCUCUGGAGGAAUUCAUCAAAGGUGCCAAGAGUGACCCCUCUAUUGUCAGACUACUGCAGUCUGACCAAAGCACCUCUCGGCAGUUAUAAAUACAGAUCUUAAAGAGCAGACAGGAAACCACUCACAUGGCAAGAUUUUCAAAAGGCAAGAUUUUACUUAGACAUGUUGUUUGAAUUAUUAAUGAGACACUUGUAUCUUUCCUGCUUAAAAAAAAAAAAAAGAAGUUUCCUUGUUAAUGGGUGGUGACCAGUUUCAUCAGUAUUUCAGCCUGUUUUUGGAUUGGUAUUGCUGAGUUGUCAUAGCAUCUGGGCUUGGUCAGAAUUUUAAAGAACCCUUGAAAUCAAUUGGCAAAAUUCAGAUAUUUAUAUUUUAAAGGGGUCAUAUGAUGUGAUUUACAUUUUUCCUUUCUCUUUGGGAUGUUACAAGCUUUUGGUGCAUUAAGAAGAUCUGCAAAGUUGCAAAGACUAAAGUUUCAAAUACAAAGAGAUAUUCUUUAUUAAAGUUAAGAGUCAACCAAGCCCCCCUAAAACGGCUCAUUCUAACAUGACCCCACGUCUUCGUCACGAUGUGGGAAGAUUUGCAUAACACCGCCCAAAUGUGCACACAAAGAAAGAAGGCAUAACUUUUAUUCUUGCUGUUGCCACCGGCACCAUGUCGUGGAGAAGCUGUGUUUUGUUGUGAAAGCAAAGUUACUUUGUUUGGCUUUCCGGAAGAGGACACAACUAGAAAUCAGUGGUUAAGUUUUAUUUACAACACUGUUCCAGAACAGUUCAACCCAAAUAUUCAGAUGUGUGAAGCGCAUUUUGCGGAG